ACAGCUGAGAAAGUUAUGCUGAUAAUCAGAUUCCAGUUUGCAGAAAAAUAUGGACCCGUCUACUCUCUUUAUUUGGGAACCAAACCCAUAGUCUUAAUUCACGGAUUUCCUCUAGUGAAAGAAGUCCUCGUGAUAAAAGGGACAGAAUUUGCUGGGAGACCAGUCUAUUACAUUAUUGAUUUAAUCACUAAGACAAAAGGCAUAAUCACACAGUCUUAUGGUGAAGUGUGGAAGGAGCAAAAGAGGUUUUCACUGAGGCUGUUCAGAAACUUUGGCGUGGGGAAAAAUCUGAUGGAGGAAAGGAUCCUGGAGGAAGCAUCGUAUUUGACUCAGGCUUUUACGGAGAAUAUGAGUAAGCUUUCCCGGGAGAGGGUGGGAUGGUUGGGAAUUGUCCUUUUGUAUUCUGUAAUUCAAAUCCAGAAAGCAAAUGCCGUCAUUCAUGAAAUCCAACGCAUAUCAAGUGUACUUCCACUGGGACUUCCUCAUAAAACUAUUAAUGAUGUGCAACUUCUUGGAUACAAAAUUCCCAAGGACACUAUGAUUUUGGUCAACAUCCAGUCUGCCCAUUGUGAUGAAUCCCAGUGGAAGUUUCCCAAUGAGUUCAAUCCCUCCAACUUCCUAAAUGAAGAGGGGGAAUUUGUGAAGCCAGAAGCCUUUUUGGCAUUUUCAGCAGGACCGAGAUUCUGCUUAGGGGAAAUCCUGGCACGGAUGGAGCUCUUCCUCCUUUUCACCAGCAUUGUCAGGAACUUCCAGCUAUCCUGGCCAGAUAAAUCCCAAGCACCAGAUUUGACACCAUACUUUGCGAUUACACAAUCCCCAUCCCGCUUUAAGGUGUUGCUGAAAUGUCGCCAGCCAAGUGGGUAGAUUGAAGUGAUGAUCUGCAAGAUAACCCAUUCAAGACAACCUCUCCAACAGCUGGAGAAAUUCACCACAAGAU